UUUAAAAAGAACCUUUUCUUUGAAUUCCAGAGUUCUUCCAAAGUUGCCGGCCAGGAGAGAAACUGCAAUCAUUUCUGUUGUCAAAGAUGGAGAAAUAUUCCGAAAAUUCAUAGUAAGAACAGACAUAGUAACGUUGCUAAAGUUAGAAAGCGGAGAUGAAGAGGCUAUUUCCCGAUUUUUGGAAGAAAGGGAUUAUGUCGAUGGUCAGGUAACUGUUAGUAUCCUGAGAGUGGAAUCUAGCCAAGCUACGGAUAUGCCUAGUAUGAGCACUCAAGCCAGCACAAGUGCCACUAGCCAAGCCAGCACAAGUGCCACUAGCCAAGCCAGCACAAGUGCCACUAGCCUAGCCAGCACAAGUGCCAAACAGAUACCAUCGACAAGCUCAACAUGGUCUAAAGAUUCUGAAAAAUUUUUGCUUGAUUUGUAUGAUAAAUACGAGAAGAGUAAAUCCUUCAUAAAAAAUAAAUGGGUGAGAAUAUCCCAAGAGAUUGCGGAAAAACUCUCAAUACAAGUUACUCCAGAGCAGUGUAGGAUCAAAAUAAGAAGUAUGAAGGAUAGAUUUGAAAGAAUGAAAAAGAAACUAAAAACAAGUGGCGAGAGUAACAUUGAAAUCCCAACAGAAUUUACAGUGUUUGAAAGCCAACAUGAUGUAUCCGAAUCAUGA